AUGUGGAACCAACUGCAUGACGAAGAGAAUCCAGACCCUGCUGAUAGCAGCGGAGCCUUUGCAAACAGAUUCAUAAAGUACAAAAGCUUCAUCUACAUCUUGCUGGUAGUCCUGGUCGUUUUUGGCAUCUUCAUUUCGUACUACGAGCUUAACGAUAAGCAGGUCGAUUUCGAUCUGGACUGCAACGACCUGAACGAAAGAUGCCUCAUAUACAAAUAUCCCCAAUUUAAGCCCAAUCGACUUCGCAUCGUUGACGUGAACCCCCAGAAUAACAACGUUCUCCUAAGGAGCAGCGUCCCGUUAUUCAAUGGCGUCUUUUCGGAGGAACUUCUGCGCAAGCACAUCAAGAAAGUGAUGGAGGACGCAAAGCUCAAGUACAGCGAUGACAUGCCCCUCCACAUAAUCUCCUUUUUGAGAAAUGAUCUGAAGGAGGGAUGCUGCUACACCUCACAAAGGUGCUACGUAAAAGACGCCACCAUCAUCAAUCAAGUUAUUUUGGGACACCAGGAGAAUCCCUACGACGUCGAUGCGAAGACCCUGGAAAACGAACUGAAGAGCCUCAACUGGGACACCGACAAACUUCUUAGCAGAAUAAAUGAGCUGAACGAAAAGUUUCAAACCAUGCAGAAUACCAUCUUCAUUGUCCACUGCAGAAGGGGAAGAGACAGAACAGGAGAGUACGUCGCUGCGUACAGGAUGAUUAUAAAAAAAUACGACUUUGACACCAUUGUCAAGGCAAAUGAAGAAAUAGGAAAGGUUAAGACUCCCUACGUGAAGAUGCAGAAAUGGCUGUGCCUCUACUUGGAGAAGGUUAUGGGCUAUACGGGCAUCGGCUGCUACGACUUUAGGUGA